AUGUCUUGCUACAAGGGAAAGUACGCCGAUGAGCUCAUUGCCAAUGCUUCGUACAUUGGCACCCCCGGCAAGGGCAUCCUCGCAGCUGACGAGUCCACCGGCACAAUCGGCAAGCGUCUCUCGAGCAUCAACGUCGAGAACGUCGAGACCAACAGGAGGGCCCUUCGAGAGCUCCUCUUCUGUACCCCUGGUGCCCUUCAGUACCUCAGUGGUGUCAUCCUCUUCGAGGAAACUCUGUACCAGAAAACCGCAGCCGGCAAACCCUUUGUUGAUGUCCUGAAGGAGGGUGGUGUCCUUCCUGGAAUUAAGGUCGACAAGGGCACGGUCGAGCUCGCCGGCACCAACGGUGAGACCACGACCCAGGGCCUCGACGGGCUCGCCCAGCGCUGCCAGCAGUACUAUAAUGCCGGGGCCCGCUUCGCCAAGUGGCGUGCUGUCCUCAAGAUCGGGCCCAACGAGCCCUCCCAGCUUGCCAUCAACGAGAACGCCAAUGGCCUGGCCCGGUACGCCAUCAUCUGCCAGGAGAAUGGUCUGGUCCCAAUUGUCGAGCCCGAGAUCCUCGUUGAUGGGCCCCACGACAUCGACAGGUGUGCGGAUGUAACCGAGCGUGUCCUGGCCGCCUGCUACAAGGCCCUCAACGACCAUCACGUUCUUCUCGAGGGCACUCUUCUGAAGCCCAACAUGGUCACCCCCGGGUCGGAUGCUGCCAAGGUGGCACCUGAGGUGGUGGCCGAGUACACGGUUCGGGCCCUGCAGCGCACAAUGCCAGCUGCAGUCCCGGCUGUGGUGUUUUUAUCUGGCGGACAGAGUGAAGAGGAGGCCACGCGCAACCUCAAUGCCAUGAACAAGCUCAAGACCAAGAAGCCGUGGAGCCUCAGUUUCUCGUUCGGGAGGGCCCUUCAGCAGAGCACACUCAAGGCGUGGGCCGGCAAGGAAGAGAACAUCCCGAAGGCCCAGGCUGCGUUCUUGGCCAGGUGUAAGGCAAAUUCCGAGGCAACACUCGGGACCUACCAGGGUAGUGGUAGUCUGAGCGAAGGCGCAUCCGAGAGCCUCCAUGUCAAGGAUUACAAGUACUAG